AUGUCUCAAGACCACAACAAUGAAGAUAACGAAGAGUACCAACAAUUCCUCGCUUCGAACUUAGACCAGCUCGAAUCCCUCGGCAUUCCUUCUUAUUUCUGGAAAGCUCUUCAAAAGAAAGUCUCUACAGAAAGUUUUGAUGGAGGGAGCAAGUUUAUGCUCACUCAUGUUGCCGAGGACGAUAGUGGGAUUCCCGUGGAUUCGAACUACAAAGUAGUUGUUUGCGAUGAAGAAGGGCUGGAUCAUGAAGACCCGGAGCAGAUUUACUUGAUUGAUCAUGCUUGCACCUGGAGAUCCAAGGAAGAGCUCAGAUAUUACUUAGACAACAUGGAAGGUCUCCAAGAUCGACUUGCGGGAAUUCUCAACGUCUCGACUUCCGACUACGACUGCGCCACUGAAAUUUGUAAUAGAAGCUACACUCGUUCCGGGACGUAUCCAUAUCCAAACGAGCCCACUUUCGAUAAAUCUAUAGCUAGUUCCGAUAAGACCCAUUUCACAGCACCAGAAGAAAACGACGCGGAUGUUCAAAGAGAAUCUUCCGCUCCACUGGCAAUUUACUCGGACAUCAAAAGUCUGGUAGAAGCGGACUCUAAUAUAUUUACUAUCGUCUCCGAGCCUGAGGAUGCUGACGUUAUCUGGCAAGCGGACCACUGGAAAAAUUUUGAUGAGCUGAGACCAGAUCAGCUAGUUUCACAAUUUCCAAAUGAGCAUCUCCUCACGACAAAAGUUUGUCUGUCAGAAGUAGCAAAACGAUUGAGGCAGAGAAAUAGACAACACCCGUCCUGGUUCUCACAGAGUUUUGACCUGAAGUCUGAGAUCGAAACCUUCGUGGCCCAAUACAACAAAAACGAAGCGGAAGACGCUGAUAAUACAUGGAUCCUGAAGGCAUGGAAUUUCGCGCACGGUACGUCAGCGCUAAUUUCCCGCGAUCUCCUGGAAUUGGUCCGUCAUCAUGAAUGCUCCGUCCCAUACUUGGUGCAAAAAUAUAUCGAUAGACCGAUUCUCCUUCCGAAUAAUGACGCGCUCAAGGUCAAAUUUGACUUUAGGUAUCAUGUUGUUGUCCUGAGCUUCAAGCCGCUCAAGGCUGCUAUUAUCAAGUUAUCGCGUUUCUGGCCAAAGUUCGCGGCGAAACCAUACGAUGCAGAUUCCUUUACGGAUCUCCAGGCCCAUUUGACGAACAUUGCGGUUUCAGAAGAACGCGAUCAGCCUUGGUUCACGGACUUCAUCAAGCUUUUCGAGGAUGAUACAGGCUACGAUUGGGAACAGGAUGUUCAGAAUCCAACGGCUAGAGCUAUAAAAGAAUGUCUUACCGCAGCUGCGUCGGGCGACUUUCCGGCAGGGAAGAUAAAACAGCUCCGAAACUCAAGAGCCUUGUACGGAGUGGAUAUUAUGCUAGAAGAAGGUGAUAACGGAAUCGCCCCUAAAAUCUUGGAAUUCAACUUCAAUUGCGACUGCUCACGCGUUUCCCAAAUCGUGCCCGAUUUUUACGACGAAAUGAUUGACUUUAUUUAUCGCGAUAAUUGGGAUAGACUUCCGCACAUCGACAUUUCUGAUUAA